AUGUCGGACUCCGAGUCUUCCGCUCUCUCCUCGCUCUUGGAGGACCACUACGAACAGGAGCCCGAGCCUACGGAAGAGCUCCGGAAGGAGGCGACAGCCACAGCCUCGCGGAUCGCCGCCACCUUCGGCAAGCUGGUCGGCCAGCUCGAAGAGGUGCAGUCCUGGGAAGAUCGGCCCUCUUGGUUCUCGGCGGUGGACCAAGAAAGGCUUGACGACUUCCUGGCGGACUGCCGGGAGGCGUUCAACGCAGCUGAGGGCCAGGUAGCCAGUUUUUCGGAGGGCCUUACCUUCGGAGGUAGGGGCCCCGGAAGGGUCCGGGUCCAGCGCGACGUUGACCUCAAGCUCCAGCUGGGGGCAAGGGCCCGGGCCUGGGUGCAGUGCAUGCAGCGGGCACGCUCGCGCCGCCAGGAGGCCCUGGCGAAGGCCGCGGCGAAACGCCGCAGGCUGGCCGGGACUCCUGCAGCAGCGGAGCGUGCGGAAGCCGAGCCUGCGGAAGCCGAGCCUGCGGGAGCGGCCUAA